AUGGCAUCACUCCGAUCAAUGCGCAGCAUCCUGCGAGCGCCCGCCCCAGCCCGGCCGCAGACCCUCGCCCCCCGCCAGUUCUUCCUCCGGCAAGCCGCCGCCGCACAGUGCUUCCACAGCUCACCCCGCCCGCAGCUCCCCUACAAGGACGACCAGCACCGCGAGUCCCUCAAGCCCAAGUCCACCGAGGGCAGCAAGAGCGGCACCGACGACGCCGCGGCGCAGUCCGGCGCCGCCUUCGACCCCUCGACCACGAGCCCCGAGGGCGCCAAGGAUAAAGCCGAGAGCGAGGGCGGCGGAAACCCGCUAGACGUGAGCGGCGCGAACCACAGCAAGUCAAAGCCCCUCGGGGAGUCGGGCGGCGGGGAGAUGCAGGGCACCGCGAGGCAGGAGACCAAGAAGUCGAGCCAUGGCCACAGUCCCGAGAAGAAGGGUAAGGUGUAA